AUGGCGGCGCUGAGCGGCGGAGGAGGAGGAGGAGGAGCGGGAGAGCAGGGCGCCGCGCUCUUCAACGGAGACAUGGAGGCCGAGGCCGCCGCAGUGGCCUCGUCGGCGUCCUCCUCCUCCUCGGCAGAGCCGGCCAUCCCUGAGGAGGUGUGGAAUAUCAAACAGAUGAUUAAACUGACCCAGGAACACAUAGAGGCCCUGCUGGACAAGUUUGGAGGAGAGCACAACCCACCAUCGAUCUAUCUGGAGGCCUACGAGGAGUACACCAGCAAGCUGGACGCCCUGCAGCAGAGAGAACAGCAGCUGCUGGAGUCCCUGGGGAACGGGACCGACUUCUCCGUUUCCAGCUCCGCUUCGACGGACACCGUCGCGUCCUCUUCGUCGUCCAGCCUCUCGGUGGCCCCGUCAUCCCUCUCAGUCUUUCAGAGCCCCUCCGACGCGGCCCGGAGCAACCCCAAGUCUCCCCAGAAGCCGAUAGUCCGCGUCUUCCUCCCGAACAAGCAGAGGACGGUGGUACCAGCAAGAUGUGGGGUGACGGUCCGGGAUAGUCUAAAGAAAGCCCUGAUGAUGCGAGGUCUCAUCCCAGAAUGCUGCGCCGUGUACAGAAUUCAGGAUGGGGAGAAGAAGCCGAUCGGCUGGGACACGGACAUCUCUUGGCUCACAGGAGAAGAGUUGCACGUGGAAGUUUUGGAGAACGUUCCGCUUACCACCCACAAUUUUGUACGGAAGACCUUCUUUACUUUAGCAUUCUGCGAUUUUUGUAGAAAGCUGCUUUUCCAGGGUUUCCGCUGCCAAACUUGUGGCUACAAAUUUCACCAGCGCUGUAGUACGGAGGUGCCGCUGAUGUGUGUUAAUUACGACCAGCUUGAUUUGCUGUUUGUCUCCAAGUUCUUUGAGCACCACCCAAUACCACAGGAGGAGGCCUCCUUAGGAGAGACCACCCUUACGUCGGGAUCAUCCCCUUCAGCCACCCCCUCAGAUUCUAUUGGACCUCCAAUUGUUGCCAGCCCAUCACCUUCAAAAUCCAUUCCAAUUCCACAGUCCUUCCGGCCAGCGGAUGAAGACCAUCGAAAUCAGUUUGGGCAACGGGACCGCUCCUCGUCGGCCCCAAACGUUCACAUAAACACAAUAGAGCCCGUCAAUAUCGAUGACUUGAUUAGAGACCAAGGGUUACGUGGGGAUGGAGCCCCUUUGAACCAGCUGAUGCGCUGCCUUCGGAAAUACCAAUCCCGGACUCCCAGCCCCCUCCUCCAUUCUGUCCCCAGUGAAAUAGUGUUUGAUUUUGAGCCUGGCCCAGUGUUCAGAGGGUCAACUACGGGCUUGUCUGCCACCCCUCCUGCCUCCUUGCCUGGAUCGCUGACCAAUGUAAAAGCGUUACAGAAAUCUCCAGGACCUCAGCGGGAGAGGAAGUCUUCAUCAUCCUCGGAAGACAGGAAUAGAAUGAAAACCUUAGGUCGCCGGGACUCAAGUGACGACUGGGAGAUUCCAGACGGACAGAUCACAGUUGGACAGAGGAUAGGGUCAGGGUCCUUUGGAACUGUCUAUAAGGGAAAAUGGCACGGUGAUGUGGCAGUGAAAAUGUUGAAUGUGACAGCCCCCACACCUCAGCAGUUACAGGCCUUCAAAAAUGAAGUAGGAGUGCUCAGGAAAACACGACAUGUGAAUAUCCUCCUCUUCAUGGGCUAUUCCACAAAGCCCCAGUUGGCCAUCGUGACCCAGUGGUGUGAGGGCUCCAGCUUAUAUCACCAUCUCCACAUCAUCGAGACCAAAUUUGAGAUGAUCAAGCUGAUAGACAUCGCCCGGCAGACUGCACAGGGCAUGGACUACCUGCACGCCAAGUCAAUCAUCCACAGAGACCUCAAGAGUAAUAAUAUAUUUCUUCAUGAAGACCUCACAGUCAAAAUAGGGGAUUUCGGUCUAGCCACAGUGAAAUCCCGGUGGAGUGGGUCCCAUCAGUUCGAACAGUUGUCUGGUUCCAUUUUGUGGAUGGCGCCGGAGGUAAUUAGAAUGCAAGAUAAAAACCCAUAUAGCUUUCAGUCGGACGUGUACGCGUUUGGGAUUGUUCUGUAUGAACUGAUGACGGGACAGUUGCCGUACUCAAACAUCAACAACAGGGACCAGAUCAUUUUUAUGGUGGGCCGGGGCUACCUGUCUCCAGACCUCAGUAAAGUGCGGAGUAAUUGUCCAAAAGCCAUGAAGAGAUUAAUGGCAGAGUGCCUGAAGAAGAAAAGAGACGAGAGGCCGCUCUUUCCACAGAUUCUUGCCUCCAUUGAGCUCCUGGCCCGGUCGUUGCCAAAAAUCCACCGCAGUGCAUCUGAGCCCUCGUUGAACCGGGCCGGCUUCCAAACGGAGGAUUUUAGUCUGUACGCGUGCGCCUCUCCCAAAACGCCCAUCCAAGCAGGGGGAUACGGAGAAUUCACAGCUUUCAAGUAGCCACACCACCCUGGCCACAUCUACUCUUAUUCCUUAAGUCUUGUGUUCCUACCGUUCCUUAACAUCGAAACUCAGUUCUGUUCCUCCAAACUUUUUUUUUUUUUAAGCUAUCGGAUUGUAAAUGCAUAAGCUAGAACGGAGCAGAAUGGGAAUCUCCCCGUUCAAACGGGGAGGGAUCUUUUAGGAACCAGAAUUAUCUGCCGCCACUGUCUCCUCUUCGACACUCAAACGUGCCUGCCUGCUCCCAGGAGGAGAAAGGAAAGAGAGAGCGAGAGAGCCCGCAUUUUGACCUUUGGCGUUCGGGCAAGCUGGGAAGGAACCUGCCGCUGCUGCUUGGGAGAUUUGCUUUGGAAAGUCUGCCGGUCAACCUCUCUUCCCCCCGACCGCCAAGCCGAUGCGUGGCCGAACAGCUGAUGGGGACCAAGAACCGUGCUCUGACUCUAUUCUGGGAUUCUGUUGGGAUUUCCUUCUCCCCCACCACCCCCCGUGUACUUUCCGGUUGAUGGGAAAAGCUGGAGGGUCCCCGCCUCCCCGGGUAUCCGACCGCCCGGUUAGAAAGGAUCCAGGCAAAGACGGAUGUUGGGAUUCGGUUGGGACGAGCCCAGCUCGGUCAGGAGGCAAAGGGGAAUGCUGCACCAUUUUCCCAGAACGUCUCAUCCCCGAUACCUACCCUUUAUCUCCUUUUCCAGUCUCUCGUGUGGGUCGUCCAGGGUGUCUCUUUCUCGGGCUCACGGGUCGGGGCCGGGUGGAAGGCAUUCAAUAUCCGACUGUCUGUCUUUCUGUCUGCCUCUCGCUUUAGAUCAAGCAACGACAGAGCGUCGCUGUAGUAACUCUCCGGAGUUCUCCAACGCCAUUCAUUCCCCAGAUGGAAUGGUGGCGGGAAGAACGGUGGUUAUUAAUCACUUACCGGGAGCACUGCGCUGAACGCUGGGAAAAAAGACACGGGUGGGAAUUUUAGACAAAAUAGAGCGUCUCUGAAGUAGAAAACAAUCCUCAGGGUUAAUUGAGCAAAAUUCAAAAAAAAAAAAGGUCUUAGUAGGAGACGUGCCCAAAAUGGUGGGUUGGAGAACUCUUUUCAAGUUACUGUUUCCAUGAGAAGCUUAUAAAAGCAUGGAAACCCGUGCUGACCAGCGGUGGUUAACCGUUUUCAAAAGGACUUGAUAGGUUCACAGUGAAAUCCUCUUCUGUCUCACUGCUUCUUCCUCUUUCAUCUCACUGCGUCUCCGGCCCAGUUCCCUCCUUUAUUCAGAGUUUGCAACCCAAAAUAAAGGUGGAGGUGUCUGCAUUGACAUUCCUUCUUCCUGGCUCCCCAGGCCUGGUCUUCAAAAGAUUGUUUGCUCUGGUAAUGAAUGGCUUAAGUAAGGCUCAGGUGGCUAAAGCCGAUCGUUUUGGUUACCUUGGGGAAAACAUCUUUCAAGUGCUGUUUUGCCUAGUUCACUGAAAAGUGAUGAACGGCAGGCGUUUUGUAGAGCUCGAUUCCCAGCUGCCUGUCUCCAGCCGGAGUCGGAAUAUGGACAGUCCCCCUCAGGUAGAUCUUUGGCUGGUGGGGAAGAUAUUACAGCCCUAAUCCGGAGGAAGGCAGAGAGGUUUGGAUGCUCAGUUUGGCCUUGGCGUCAGUCUCUCCUUCAGGGCUUCUCCUUUGAAACAAGGCCGGGGUCUUUCUCCAGGGUGGGCACGAGGAAAUCCGUUCGGCGUCAACCAGCACACCUGGAGAGGAGGCCGGGCCUAGAGGUUGGGAAGACGCCGUUUGGAUUUGUGUCUCCCACAGCACAACUCUUGGUGACGCGCUGGUAUCUCAGGCGCCUAACUGAGCGGAGCACUGCGGAAAUAAUAGGGGGCCUUUACGCUUCAGGAACUAAUGGGUGAAGGCGAGAGGGUGAGCUACCAGCCCCCCUUUGUAGCCUUUCGGGUAGGUCGGAGCCCUGGGGUCGGAGUGAAAGUCCAGAAUUGCCUCUGAAGGGAGGAGGCAUCGGGAAUGAUUCCCACCGGGCCGAACAGCACGGGGGCUUUUACGGCUACUGCGUCCCGGCGGUCCGUGCCCGGUGGCGGGGACAGGGUUUCUGGAGUUCUCAUGGCACUCCCUUCACUCCCUUUUUCUCCCUGUUUCUUCAGACUACAAACACCACUGAAGCCUGAUUGUUUCUGUCCCCUUCCAAGUUUGGCUCAAGUUCCUUAGUCACCUCAGUAGGGUCGGUUUCCCCGGGGGGAAAGAGUCACACACCUGGAUGGAGAAAGAUGGAGAAGGGGGCGUGCGGCCCCUCUCUUAGGGGAUUCGAGGGACGGGGCGAGUUGGCGGACACGAUCCCUCAGCUUACAGCGUAGUGCGAUUUGACCUUCUGACGAGUGGCAGAAGGGAAUAAGGUGUGCUCCUUUCACUCUGGUUUUGCUCACGAGCCGAAACGUAACCGGGAAGGGAGAGCGGGCUUCAGCCUAUGGGCCGGGCCUAAAGCGAGCCUCCACCCUAAAUCCGGGAUGGGGUCGGACGGGGUCAGGUCAGCCCCAAGCACAGAACUCAUCCCAGAACGUCCCCGUCUCAUCAUAUUUUCUUCACCCAUGUGGGUGUUGCUUUUCCAGUAGGGUCAAACAACGUUAGUGAUGUUUGCAGCGGCUUCCAGCUGUGUGGGUUAAAUUGCAGAGGCUCUAAGAAAAGUCUAAGGAAAGACACUCCCUUGUUCAAGCAAAGCACUUUAAAAGUAAUGUGUGUGUGUGUGUGUGUGUGUGUAUUUGUGUGAUGGUCUAGCUGCUGGAUUGACAGCUCUAUUAUGCUUAGAACUCAGUUACCUUAGUUGGGUUUUUGUCUUACGGUGGCCGCAGUGCCUUUUUCUUGGUGGAGGUUGGUUGUCUCCUUGGGAGACUCUUUGGCAAAAUCAGUCCAUCGUAGGUAUUUAUUGAGCAUCAUCUGAGUGCCAAGCACUGGACUGAGCGCUUGGGAGGCUCUAGCGGAAGCCAGACACACUCCCCCCCCCCGCCCACAAGGAGUUCACGGUCUAACGAGGUACCAAGAACUGUGUUUGCGGAUGGAUGCCUCUGUUAUCCUGGAGGUUUUGCCCCUGAACCAGGGAAGAGAAAGGGAAAGAGAAGGGAAGCCCCGGGUGAGGGGCAGCCUGCCCCCCGGGACGCCUGGAGCGGGUGGGGGUCCAGCUACCCGUAACUGACCGGUGCGCUCGUGGUUUUCCCCGCAGACUGCCGACGGGUGCCGGGAGGGACACGGAGCUCGGGCUGGGAGGCGAGGAGAAGACGGGAGAACCCACUGACUCAGUGGUAUUUUUGCCCAAAUUUGCGUUCCGGGUUCAGAGGGGUAAUUUGAGAAACGACAAAAGGCCUGAGCCAGAAGGUGUUCCUUCUCCCCUGGUUUGGCCCAUUUCGUGCACCAACUCCAUUCUCCCUCCAUGCUUCCCUUCAUCCUUCCCUUCCUUCCUCCUCCCUCCCAUCCUCUUUCCCUCCCCGCCUCACUUGCCCCCGUGUUUUCCACUGCUCCGGGUCCCCUCGCCGGGCUAGUCGUCGUUGAAACGGACCCAAAACAGAAAAGCAUCUCUGGCGCAGAAUAAACAGCUCCCCAAGGACCCUGCUCACAGUAAGGGACACCCAGAGAUGAGAGAAUGGGUAGCUAUUGUUAAAAUAUGAAACGGCAAGACCGCCCUAGCAUAAUAAUAAUAAUGAUGAUGGCAUUGAUUAAGCGCUGGGGAGUUGACAAGGUGAUCAGGUUGUCCCACGGGGGGCUCACGGUCUAGCAUAGGCUGUACCGCCAAUGUUUAAGAAGGCUUCUGCUUUGGGGGGUGAGCAGAAUGAAACAUAGCGCAGACCGUUGCGGAGAUCCCUUGAAAGUGGGGCCGGAAAGAGUGGUCGUGUCAAGGCCUGGUGGUUUUUAGGUUCCUUUUUGAUUUCUCGCCCAUCAGAAGGGGGCUCGGCUUCAAGCUUUCACCGAGCUGGGUGUCGCCGGCUAUCUUCCACACCCAUUCUGCGGAAGCCUCGGCUCCCCCGGGCGCCGCUGAACCAGCCUAGGCAGAACCCUAACAGAGGCUGCAUCAGGGCCUUUAAGCGCUUAGUUCAGUGCUCUGCACACAGUAAGCACUCAAUAAAUAUGAUUGAUUGGGAAAAACGGGCCGUCCAGGAGGAAAGAGAGUUUAGUAAAAGGCCCCGAGCCUCUCAGGUGAGCGUCGCGCGGGCUCAGGAAGCCCGAGUGGCUGCAGUGGGUUCGUGUGGCGUUCCCUCGCUGCGGCACGGAGAAUUAUGUAGAGGGGCCCGUUUCUGAGAUGGAAUGCGGGGCUCCUAAAUCACGCCCCUUCUCGUUUGCCAAAUGAUCUCGCUGUGCCUUUAUGACGUAGUAAAUUAGCACCCGGUUUAAAGACUAGGUGGCCCGUAAGGGGAGCAGGCCCGUAGCUGCCAUUCCGCUCUCUAAUGUGCCUGGCGUGGGAGCCCAGUGUCACCUGAGCUCAUGACCCCAUCACUCAGUCGAUCCGUGGGAUUGAUCCAGUGUGCUGUGCUGCGCUAAGCGCUUGGGCAAGUACAACGCAACAGGGUCGGUAGAUGCGAUCCCUGCCCACGAGGAGCUG